AUGAGCUCCGUACGGAACGACAACUGGCCGCCGUUGUCGCCGUCGGCCAGCGAGGACAGCCACUUCCUCGCACUCUCGCCGUUGGAUCUCGACAGGUUCGACAACCAAUGGUUUCAGAUGUUCUCCCCUUCAUGGCAGCAGCUCGAACCGGAGGAGGAAAUCGACCAGCCCGACCAAACCCUAGUCGAACCGGCCGUACAAGUGGGCCCCACCGAUCCUCCUCCUCCUCUUCCCAAGCCAACCGAUAAUCCUCAACCUCCACGCUCCUCCUUGGAGCUCCUCCAGAAGUACGGCGGCGGUGGCGGCGGGGGCGUGAGCGGGAAUAGGCCGUCUUCUUCAUCCACGUGUUCCACUCCUCCGCCGCAGUGGCGGCCCUUGGCCGUGGAGGAGGCGCUGAGGAUCGCCGGGAGGAGGAUCGUGGAGUUCUCUUCCGGAAAAGCUGGGGCGCCGUCGAUGCUCAACAUCCCUUUCGAUCCUUCGCUCUCGCACCUCUGCGAGGAUGACGUCAGAAGCGUGGAGCUGGCGGAGUACCUGCUGGCGGCCGCGGAGCGGAUCGGGGACAAGCAGUUCGACCACGCCGCCGCUUUGCUGAAUUUGUGCGAGUCGUUGGCUUCGAAUACUGGGAACGCCGUUCAGAGGUUGGGAUACUGCUUCUGCAAAGCCCUAAGAAAGAAGAUUGCUCACGACACAGGUAACAAACCACCUCAAGAAACUAAGACAUCGGUCCGAAACGCGAAUGAAUCAAAGGUGCUGACAUCGGAUUUCAUAGUAAAAGCAAUGCAAUGUGGGGCCAUCCCAAUGUUCCAGUUUGCUCGGCUUAUAAGUGACAAUCAUGAGCUGAGAGUAGAGUUCUACUAA